CGGCGUGGGGCGCUGACGCAUGCGUACAGCCCACCGCGCCCGGUUCGGCUCCCCUCUUUUCUUGGCCCGAGGCGCGGAUUGGACCCAUAGCCGGGGAAUGAUGGUGGUGGGUACUGGCACCUCCCUGGCGCUGUCCUCCCUGCUGUCCUUGCUGCUCUUCGCUGGGAUGCAGAUGUACAGCCGCCAGCUGGCCUCCACCGAGUGGCUCACCAUCCAGGGGGGCCUGCUGGGUUCCGGCCUCUUCGUCUUGUCUCUCACUGCCUUCAAUAAUCUGGAGAAUCUGGUCUUUGGCAAAGGAUUCCAAGCAAAGAUCUUCCCUGAGAUUCUCCUCUGCCUCCUGUUGGCGCUUUUUGCAUCCGGCCUCAUUCACCGAGUCUGUGUCACCACCUGCUUCAUCUUCUCCAUGGUUGGUCUCUACUACAUCAACAAGAUCUCCUCUACUCUGUACCAGGCAACAGCUCCAGUCCUUGCCCCAGCCAAGGUGACAGGCAAGGGCAAGAAGAGAAACUAACGCUGAGUGUCCAAUAAAGUUGAUAUUCUUUGUA